AUGGUCGAAAAUAGUACGCAGAAGGCCCCACAUGCCGGAAAUGAUGAUAAUAGCUCUACCAAGCCAUAUUCGGAGGCGUUUUUCUUAGGGUUCAAUAACCCAACGCCUGGAUUAGAAGCUGAGCACUCAAGCACAUCGCCUGCCCCCGAGAACUCCGAAACACAUAAUAGGAAAAGAAAUAGAAUAUUGUUUGUCUGCCAGGCUUGUAGGAAGUCAAAAACAAAGUGUGAUAGAGAAAAACCUGAAUGUGGUCGAUGCGUCAAGCAUGGGUUAAAAUGUGUUUAUGACGUAUCAAAACAGCCAGCACCACGAAUUCCGAGUAAAGACGCCAUUAUAUCAAGGUUGGAAAAAGAUAUGUUUUAUUGGAAAGAUAAAGCUAUGAAGCUACUAACAGAGAGAGAGGUGAAUGAAUCAGGCAAGAGAUCAGCAAGUCCGAUCAAUACAAACAAUGCUAGCGGGGACAGUCCUGAUACCAAGAAGCAGCAUAAAAUGGAACCUAUAUAUGAACAAAGUGGUAACGGGGAUAUAAACAAUGGUACCAGAAAUGAUAUUGAAAUCAACUUGUAUAGAAGUCAUCCAACCAUGAUCAUGAGUAAAGUCAUGAAAAGAGAAGUUAAGCCGUUAUCUGAAAAUUAUAUUAUAAUUCAGGACUGUUUUCUAAAAAUCCUGGUCACUUCAGUGUUCCUUGACACUUCAAAGAACACGAUGAUACCGGCAUUGACGGCAAACGCGAAUAUUACAAGAGCCCAGCCUAGCGUAGCAAAUAACCUUUUGAAAUUGAAGGAAAUGCUAAUCAGACAGUGUCAAACCGAAGAUGAAAAAAAUCGUGUAAACGAAUUCACUGAUAGAAUACUACAAAAUACAAAUUCAAAUAGAAACUUGAAAAUCGGUAUGCUAUUAUCAAUGCUUUACAAUUCUGUCGGUUACCAAUAUCUGGAGGAUCAUUGCCCUCAAGGUGGCGAAUAUUCGGAUUUAUUGAGAAAUUUGAUCAAUGAAUGUGAAGCUAUUUUGCCAUCUUACGAAAUUAUUGAACGCUACAAGAACCACUUUUAUGAGUACGUUUAUCCAAGUCUACCUUUCAUCGAAUUAGAAAUUUUUGAAGAAUCAUUAAGUCAAACAAUUUUUCCGGACCCAAACAACCCCUCCAAGGUGCAAAUACGUAUGGGUAGCACACAUUUGAGAGCUAAGGUGGAAAACUUGAGUCUUCUAUUGGUUAUCUUGAAACUCUCAUACAUGUCAAUAAGGUUUUUAGAUCAUAGUACAGCAGACUCGAGUUUUUAUCUUUCAAAGGAAAUAAUUGAUAAAUACCCAAUACCGAACGAUUUUAUUUUAUUGAGUCAAAGAUGUCUAGCAUCGGAAAAUUGGUGUGCAUGCGCUAAUGAAAACAUCAUAUCAUGUUUACUAUAUAUCUGGUCUUUUUUUGCUUUUUCUCCUGAAGAGGGUGAUUUCUUUCUCGAGCACCCCACCGAUGUUAUCAGUAGUUUGAUAAUGAUGCUUUCCACCUCGAUUGGUCUCCACAGAGAUCCUUCAGAUUUCCCUCAAUUGAUUUCCCCGUCCACCUCAGAUAAAAGAACCUUGAAUCACAGAAGAAUACUCUGGUUGAGUAUCGUUACCGUUUGUUCGUUUGAAGCAAGUCUCAAAGGUAGACAUUCUGUCUCACCGAUAUCUUUAAUGGCCUUAUUCCUAAAUAUUAAGGAUCCUGAUUCUCUGACGGUAUAUAUGAACCGAGUUAGGGGCGAUCUAAGCGAUAUCAAUAAUCACAAACUUUUGAGAAUUCAUAAAUUUACAUUCAAGAGAGCCCAGCUUGCGUUACUCCUGUCGGACUUAGAUAACUUGACGAUGACAUACUAUGGUAGUUUCCAUUUGCAUUCAAUUGAAUUCAUAAGAGAAAAGAUUGAGAUUUUUGUGGAGGAAAACUUUCCCAUAGUACCAUUAAAAAGUGUCGCACAGGAUAAGUCAGACCUUGAUGACAUGAAUGUGAUUUCAGAAAUGAAUAUAUUAUCUUCAGAAAAUUCUUCUUCAUUUCACAAUCGAAUAAUGAAUAAACUAUUGAUGUUGAGAACUUCAAUGGCCGUAUUCUUGCAUUUUGAAACACUUAUCACUAAGGAUAAAAGUAUCUUCCCAUUCUACAAGAAAUACUUUAUGGUUAGCUGUAUGGAUGCGUUGUCACUAAUAAAUUAUUUCAAUAAGUUUUUCAACGGAGAAUAUCGACACGCAAUAUCUUCUUUAACCAGUUUUAAUGUUACAAAAUUUAUUCAGUUAGCACUAUCCAGCACAAUCUUCAGCCUAUUAGGGAUUAUACUAAGAAUAGGUUUAGCCAUCCAUAUGUUAUCUUCUGAAGUACAAAAGUUAUCGGGAACGACAGAUCCAAGAAUAAAGGAGUUAAAUACCAAAGUCGAAAAAUUUAGUACCCUGCAAAGAGAUCUCGAGUCUGCUUUAGAAGGUAUAUAUUGCUCUGCUUCGGAACAUUUAAGAUUCACAUACUUCCCCGUUUUUAAGAUGUUGGCUUUAUUCGAUGUCAUUGUACAAAGGAUGAGAAAGGGUGAAUUAUGGCACGGCAUAUUUACGAUGAUUCAAAUGGAACAAAUGCAUUCUAGGAUAAUCAAGACAUUAAGCAUUACCUUAGGAGUCAAACUGGACAAAAAGGAUAGGCUAUUAGAGGAAUUGAUGGCAUGCAAUCACGUUGCGAAUUUUAGCGUUGAAGAUAUAGAUGAGCUGAACCGUAAUAUCAAAAAAGAGAUUCAAAUUUCUUCAGGAUUGAAGCCGCCUGUAAACACAAUUGACUUAACCAACGGCGAACCAUUCGGAAAUGCUGUUCCUACCUUCACAAAGACAUGGAGUUCAUCCUUAGAUAAUUUAGAAAAACUAUCAUCGGCCGCUGCAGUUGGUCAGAGCUUGGACUACAACAGUGGUUUACGUCAGGGUCCUUUGGCGGGUGGUGGUUCAAAAGAGCAAACGCCAAUAGCCGGGAUGAAUAACUUGAACAAUUCAAUCAAUGCUACACCAAUUGUCGAUAACUCAUCUGGAUCACAACUUCCUAAUGGUUUCGAUAGAGGCCAAGCGAAUAAUACUCCUUUUCCAGGUUAUUUUGGAGGUUUGGAUUUAUUUGAUUAUGACUUUUUGUUUGGCAAUGACUUUGCUUAA